AUGGCGACAGUCACUGAUAUUCUCACGCUCGACAACUUUGCGUCGAAGAUGCCAUCAUGGGCUCCCGAACUCCCCAACCACCUCUAUGCACUAGUCGAUAUGGGAAGAGUCAUGGUACUCGAUAGUGACCCCGGUGCGUGUAGCAAUGGUAUUCGAUUUUCCAUCUCGGAUCUAUCGCCGCCUGAGGCCCGCCUCCUCAAGUGUCUGUACCGCGAGCGGGCGGCCAUCUCUCUGUUUGAUGCCCUCAACGCCUCAUCCUCGAGUGGUCCUCGGCUGUUCCCACCGGAAGUGAUCACCCAGGUGUCUCAGACACUAGCUCGGUUCAAGUCCAUAGCAGAUGAAUUUGGCGUUCCCUCGGACCACAUUUCCGUCUUCGCCACAGAGGCCAUGAGGACAGCCGAUAACGCGGCUUCGAUGUUAGAUGCCAUUCUUGCUGCAUCUGGUCUUGGAGUACAUGUGUUGGCUCCAGAAGUCGAGACCCUGUUCGGCGCCGUGGGCGCCAGGAGUGGGUUCGCCGAUGUCAACGGACUGUUCCUUGACCUAGGAGGUGGAUCGGUCCAGAUGACUUACGUGAACUCGUCCACAAGGGACUAUGCUACCAGAGCUGCCCAAACCGGGAAAAGCUUGCCCUUUGGCGCCGCAAAGUUAAUGGCCAUACUGGGAAGUGGCGACAAAAAGGCACAGGUAUCAGCUGUGGAUGACUUACAAGCAGGCAUGCGCGAUGCCUUCUCUAAGCUGCAGCAAGAGUUCCCGCCUCUGAAGGCCACUCAAUCUAGCCCGAGCGACGGUAUCGAUAUCUACCUUUGCGGUGGUGGCUUCCGAGGUUAUGGUAGUAUGUUGAUGCAUUGCGAUCCCAUCCAGCCAUACCCAAUCUCAGCGGUUGGUGCUUACACGGUGGACGGUUCUUUCUUCAAGAAAACCAGGGAUAUGCGCAGAAUGAACACCGAAUACGAUGGGGAAAUAUUUGGUAUGUCAAAUCGUCGGCGACAACAGUUUCCCGCCAUUGCAACAGUCGUCGAAGCCCUCAUCGACGCUGUCCCCCGAAUCCGCACGGUGACAUUCUGCAGUGGAGGCAACCGGGAGGGCGCGUUGAUGAUGAAAUUGCCGGAUGAAGUCAGAGAGGCUAGCCCAUUACCAUUGCUACACACUGGGGACAAGCUGAGUUCCGAGAUCAUGCUGGCGUUGAUGGACACUCUGCAGUCAGCUCUACCGACGAGCGUCGAUUUCUCCAAUAUCUCAACUGUGUUCACUUUAGGACUUGGCCAGCUUUUUGCUAGCGAGAUAUGGACGCGGGCUGGCGAACCAAGUGAGGCCAACGCGGCAUACGAACUGCAUCAGGCGAUUACUCGGAAUCCAACCUUGCCUGGCUUUACACACCUAGCUCGGUCGGUGCUAGGCCUAACACUUUGCUUCAGGUGGGGGGCCAACCUCGCGCCUGUCGACCGGCAACUGUAUACCAAUCUACGAAGGCUUGUGAACAAGAUGAAUCCUGAGGCGAUCUUCUGGGCCGAGUAUAUUGGUGCAGUGGCGAGCUUACUUGCCGAGGUGUGCCCCACGGUGCCAGAGACAUCGCAGAGGCUAGCAAGUGCCGUCCACUUCAGCGCAAGAAUGAAGAACGGCAAGAAUAAAGUCAAGUUACAGCUGACUGUCUCUUUAUCGCCGGCUCUGUGUCAGGCUUUGGAUCCGCAGGAUAUCGCUGGCUCUUUCAAGAAGGUUUGGAAGUAUCAGGACGACGCCGGGACAUCUCCCCCCAAAGUCGAGAUCAUUGUGCAGAAGAUGCAAUCGUGA